AUGGAUAUGGCCGAAUUUACAGAUGCGAAAAUUAGACGAGAACGAAUCCCAACGCGAAAAGGGUUUCAGAACUCAUUGGUCGAGAAAACGGGGGCAUUUAACAAGCAAACAAAACUUCUGCAGAGAGCAAUUGCAUCGGUGCACAGCGCUAUUGAAGGGGAACACGACACAACCAUGCUUGAGCGCGUAACUGUUUCGUUGGAGAUAAACAAACAAGCUUUUGAAAGUAGCUACAGAAACUUAGAACGCUUGUUUACCGAGAACAGAUGGGGUGAAAGUGCCGACGUGGAAAGCCAAGUUAAAGCUACAAGUAUAAAGUAUAUUCAAUCUGCUGAAUCAGCCCUAUGCCAAGUGACUGAGAAAUUGAAUGCACGACAGCAACUGACUAAGAAAUUGAAGAGUACAGAUGAAAAGGACGAGGUCGUUUUAAAAGACUCAAGAUCGUUGGGACGUUCAAAGCGAUCUAGAUCAUCCUAUGCAUCGUCAACCUCUGCUCGAAUGAAAGCACUGGCAGACGCAGCCGCGGCAAGGAAAAAAGCAGAAUACGAUGUAUUAAUAACUGAGAGAGAGAACGAAAGAAAACAACUGGAAGCCGAAGAAGAACGGGAUCGAAUCGCAGCAAGGGCACAACACAAAAGAGAUAUGGCGGUUCUGGCAGCAACGAAAAGGAAAGCUUCAGCCGAAGCGAAACUCAAGGCCAUUGAACAGUCCAUUAACGAAGAAAGGUCAUCUUCGAACAAAUCGGAGGAAGGCGAAAGAUCUAGCGUAAUGUCAAGGCUACGCACUAAAGCCUGGAUACAGGACCAACAACGGGACAAGACCCAGCUAGAAUCUAAAAGAUUGGAAGCAAAGAAUUUGGGUGUUCGUAUGCGCACUGAAAAACCACGAAUGAUGGACGUAGAAUUGUCUCAUACAGACAAUGAGCUGCACAUCAAGUCACAAACCCAAGAAGUCCACGGUAACCUCGGGGCAAUACUUCAGGGAAGUAUGAAAGUUGCCACAACAAACGAAAAAUUGGCCUCGAAUCAAGCGCGAAUAAGUCUUCCGAAGUGCCAUCCUGACCUAUUUUCUGGCGACCCAACCAUGUUUCAUCCAUGGAAGAGCGGAUUGAAAGGCAUGCUGCAUGAUACAGAUGUAACUCCAGAGCAAGAGAUGAACUAUUUACAUACGUACACAAGAGCUGGACCUCAGAAAUUGGUGGAUAGUUUCCGCAAGAGACAGAGCAAUAACAUGUCAGUGCUGUUAAAUGAUCUUUGGAAAGAAUUGGAGAAACGAUAUGGCAACGCUGCUACCAUCACGAAUACCUUUCUGGUGAGAUUAAAAGAGCAAGCGAAGUUUGGAGAACACGAAAGAAAAAAGCUCCAGGCAUUUUCAGACCUAUGUAUUGACAUAGCCCGCCAGAUCGACCAACUUCCUGGUCUCGGAUGUCUGAAUUACUCAAUUGCAAUUCGACCUAUCUUGAACAGUUUGCCAGAAUACAUUCGCCGAAGAUGGGAGAAAAUAGUGGUAGAAUAUGCAGAAGAAAAUCACGAUGCUUAUCCAGAUUUUCAGGCUUUCGCUGACAUGAUAGAGAAACAAUCGUUACUACGCAACCAUCCAAACGUCACAGCCACGUUUGAAAGUACGCGAAAGGAGAAAGGUGCCACAUGGGGACGCGAUUACAAAGUUUUGAAAGAAGACGUAGAGAUAAUCGAAGAAUCGGAUAAUGAGAAAUACUGCACGUUUCAUGAUAUGAAAGCCCACAACUUACCGGAAUGCAAAGCCUUUUCACAAAAAACUCUGCAAGAAAGAACGCAAUGGUUGAAAAAAGCUGGACUUUGUUAUCGUUGUCUGAUGCAGAAACAUCUAGCCAAAGAAUGUAAAAGGAAAGUCAAAUGCACUAAGUGUGGUAGCGACCGUCACUUGAAAUGCUUCAUAUGGAGAGAAAGAAAAGGCAAGAAGAGGAAGAAGUGUCAUCAGCUAAUACGAACGUUGGACGUAAGACUUUCGGUGGAGUGUCCUGCAGUAAAAUUGUGUUGCUCAAUAUAUUUCACCCGCAAAGACCAAACAAAAUAACAAAAGUCUACGCAUUAAUUGAUGAACAAAGCAACGCUUCUUUGAUUAGUCCGAAGUUGGUUGAUGAAUUGGGAAUAACUGGAACGAAAGAUAAAUAUUUUCUGUCCACUUGUAGUGCAAAGAAGGAAACCAAAUAUGGACGUCGUGUUUCAGGACUGACGAUAACUUCAAUGAACGGAGUUUCCAAACAGCUACCAACCUUGGUGGAAUGUGACAACAUCCCCACAGAGAAACAUGAAAUCCCAACAACACAAUUAGUCAAGCAAUAUGAACAUCUUCGCAAAAUCGCGGAUGAAAUACCUCCACUGGAUACGAAAGCUCAGGUUCAAUUGCUGAUUGGUCGCGAUGCACCAGAGAUCAUGAAAGUUCGGGAAGUUCGCAAUGGUCCCAAAGGAGCACCAUGGGCGCACAAGUUGGCCAUUGGUUGGACUGUGUGUGGACGAUUGUGUGUCAAUCGGCAAGGAGCACCUGUUCAUGUUCAAACACAUCGUACUGUCAUCCAGAGCUGCAUAAAAUAUUUUACUUUCUGGGACCACAAAGCCAACAAAAAUAUUUUCUGCACGCACUAG